CCCGCCGCCGCCGCCACUGCCGCCGCCGGGGAGGACGAAGACGAUAGGUUUCCUCCGCGGCCUCCUCCCGAGACCCCCGUCGGGAUGGUGAUCAAAGGUGGUGCUGGAAUUUUGAUGGCGAGUGGCUACACGAGCUCUUGAAUUGGGAUUUUAUAGUUUAUAGGCUUGUUACACUUGAGUCAAUAGAUAUGAUUGGAUGGAUUUGUUUAGUUUUGGGAAUUCAAGCGAGCUGGACUGGAAGCUAAUUGAUCUGCUGGAAUUAAGUGGAAUUGAAUCCAUUGAGAUUUAGUUUCAUGUUUGAUUGAGGUUGGAUUUGAUUAGUCUUGAAUAAUUGGAGAUCAUUCAGUGUUGUAAUUAGGGAUUUGCAUAAAGUCGUGGAAGGCAUCUUGAAGAUGGCGGAUCUUUUAGAUCACUCUCCAAAGUCAAUUCACAGCAAAUAUAAAAGGAGCAGGAAAAAUCAAAGUUGAGACUGGUUACUUAGAGGUUGAAAGGCAUGAAGAGGAAGCUACCUUUAAUGUACUUUCAACUGGCCCAGAAGCAAUGUUUCAAGGGGAGCCAAAACCUUUAGAACAUCAAAGUUUUGUGCCAGACACUCAUGGACCAUUAGAAGGCGUUGCUGCAAAUGAAGUGCGGUCACCUAACAAUUGCCGAUAUGAAUGUUCUUUAGGCUUGUUGACCAAAAGGUUUAUUACUCUGCUUCACCAAUCAGAGGAUGGAUUUCUUGACUUGAAUAGAGUAGCGGAUGUUUUGAAGGUCCAGAAGAGGAGGAUUUAUGAUAUAACAAAUGUUCUUGAAGGAGUAGGAUUGAUAGAGAAAUCGUUGAAGAAUACAGUCUCUCGGAAGGGACUUGACAUGCUAAGGCCAAAGGAGUUGUAUGAUCAAAAUACUGUAUUAAAGGCUCAAGUCGCAACUCUCUGUAAUGAAGAGCACAGGCUGGAUGACAUGAUAAGAGACAUGCAAGAGAAUCUUUGUCGCUUGACUGAAGAAGAGAACAGUAGAAAAUGGCUCUAUCUGACUAAGGAAGAUAUUAAAAGUAUUCCAGAGUUUCAGGAUGAUAUUGUUAUUGCAAUAAAUGCUCCUCAUGGAACUUCGAUUGAAGUUCCUGAUCCUUGUGAGGGGGGGAAGGGUGCUGAUUUUCCGCCAAACCAUUAUCGAAUGGUCUUGAGAAGCUCACUUGGGCCCAUCAGAUGCUAUCUAAUCAGUAAUGAUGAAGAGAAAAAUGAUGCCUCGAAUCGUAGCCAUGAGAAUGCUACAUCAAGCAGGACAUUCGGAGAGGGCCGACAAGACCCAGCCAUGCACCAGAGUUCUUCGGAUUCAGCUGCCUCACAAGAGUGUUCCAAUGGGAUUGUCCAAAUUGUCCCUUCAAAUGCUGAUACUGGUUCUGAUUACUGGCUCCAAUCAGACAUCAGUUACAGGGAGACGGAUAUUUGGGAAACUUAAAUUUUGGCAUUAAAGGAUCGGAAUCAUCUACUAUCAACAGUGUCAUAGAUAGCAACCUACACCAAAAAUAGAUAGGAUUAACAGUGGGAGCCUUUUAGUGUUUACUUGUAGCUGCCGUCCUCGUGCAGAUGACAAAGGGGUGUACAGAGCACAGAAGGUGGCUGCAGAGUUAAAAAGGAAGAAGGCAUCGGGGCUGGGGUUUAUUCAUCAAUCCUUAACCCCCUAAAAUAGUUUCUAAAUUCAUUGUCUCUUUUAUUAGUUCUAUAGUUUUCAAUUAUUGGGUUGUGAAUUCUUUUAACAUUUGUUUUUCUUGUGUAAAUGCUUCCAUUUUAUCAAUAGUUUCUUUAUAGAUUCUAGUAUUCAGAGUUGCAUUGGAUAUUGUUCUUU